GAUGGCCCCUGGGGUGUGAUGCCGUAUGGUGUGAGCACGCUGUAUGGCUGGCUGGAGCCAUACUGCUCAACCGUCUGGAUUAUGAUGUCACAGAAAAAAAGAACCCCAUAGAUUAGGUUGCAGGUUCAAAUCCAAAGCUGUUGCACUAUUCAGAGUAAGUAGGCUACCUGUUGAACAUGUACAUUUGAAAAUCUCUCAGUUGCAGCAAAACUGCCCUGAAAUGUAACAACGGGUGCGAUAAAGACUUUGUUUCUCUGUAAACUAUCCGUCUCAUGUUUCUUUUGCCCGGUGGCCUUCAACACAAAUGGAAAUUCACCCAGGUUAGCUGCGUUAGCCGACUACUCAGCAAGUUUUAUUUAACGAACAGUGAUUGGCUGCACUCGUUUGUUUUAUCUGAUUCAGAACUGGGCGCGUCCGAUCUUCCAGCCACGGUAAACGAGGCUCAGGGGUCGCGUACCGUUAACGGUUUGUUUCGUGUAAUCCGAUGAAACGGGAUUUGAGAUUAAUUUACACGGAAAUGAUCAGAAAGGAAUUAAAUGUCGCUGCAGGUCCUGAAAGUUAAACGUCAGAGAGCGCACAGUGCACCAGACGCGUUUUAAUCUGAUACUCUGAUUUAACCAUUCUACCCGGCACCAAGUUCUCCAAGUUCUUACAUUUCUGCAGUUUAUUUUACUGUCAGUGUCCACAACAAAUAAAAUAAAAAAGAGAAAAAUAUAGUUUCUAUUAUGGUGAGUUAAGGGUAAGAAGCUGAAGUGUUUAUAAUAGCUGGCGAUCUCCUUACGUUCCGGUCAUUAGCCAGAUUUAUUCAGUGCAGCGAUGCGGUGGAGCUAAUCUUCUGUUUAAACCAGAGACAGCCACGGGCUCACAGACCGUCCGUCUCUCUGAAAAAAAACCACGGAGGCGAUGAUUUAAAGUUAACCUCUCACUGUGCGCGCGGCUUCUUGGAAAAGCGCAAAAAAAGUUACAGAACAUUAUCGUUAUCGGUGAAAGUGGGGAAAGUUCUGCAGGCGGUGAGACGUCAGACGGCGAUUUAAAGCAGACGCUCAAACGGGAUUAGUGUAACGGCGGAUGACAGUCGGGCGAUCAUCCGGCUGUCUGCACGGCGCGUGGAGCGACCGGGGGCAUUACGGGGGCAGGUCUGGUCUUUUCACACUUCCCCGUUUCUCCGUGAGAUGAAGGACUCGGAAAAUGUGCACGGUGAUCGUCUGCUUUCUUCUGCGGCACGCCUGGAAGUGCGUGGUCAAAGUGGGGACCUCGUGUGACGGCAAAGGCCGAAUCACACCCACUGGCUGUGCUGAGCAGCAGGAGGUGAAGCAGCCGGAUCAGACCGGUGCGGAACCUUCCAGCACCUGAGCCGUACGGCGGCGGCUGGAGCGGCUAGCCUCUCUCCGUGCGGCGUGUAGCACUGCAUCCCGCUGUCCCUAUCUCCUGUGACUCUGAGCAGAACAGAGCCUUUCCUCUCCCACAGCUGACGGAGACUUCCAGCAGCGGGCUCGACGGAGGGCCCCUAUGUGCGUGCGUGUGAGAGCAGCGCCCCCUGCUGUUCCCCCCGAGGCGUGACACUGCGGGCGAGAGAGCGAGCUCCGGUUCCUCAGCCUGGGAGACCAUGGCUGUCUGACAGGGAGGGAGGAGGGGGAGCGAGGGAACCUCAGCCGUCCAAUCACCUGGCUUAGAUGCACAUGUAUCUGGGCGCUUCUCCGGGGAGAGCCAAUCGAGUCCAAGACGGCGGCCAGCGGGGAGGACAGGCAUCCCAGCAUGCCCGGGGAGGCGCUGCAGGCAGAUAGCAAGGCGGUGGCCGGGUCCUCCGGCGGGGGGGGGGCUCCCUCCGCCGUCCCGCUGCGGAUCCUCAACAAGGGGCCCGAGUACUUCCGGCGGCAGGCAGACGCCAACCCCAAACGGCUGAGCGCGGUGGAGCGGCUGGAGGCCGACAAGGCCAAGUACGUCAAGAGCCAGGAGGUGAUCAACGCCCGCCAGGAGCCCAUCAAACCGCCGGCCACCUCCUCGUCCCCCGGCCCCGCCCCCGGCCCCGCCCCCAGCCCCGCCCACCUGCAGGCCCGCGGGCCCCGCAGGGCCGGGAGCAGCCCCGCCCUCAAGGCCUCCAACAACAACGCCGGCAAGGCGGACAGCUGUCGCCCCGGCAACCUCAACCUGGAGCUGCUGAAGAACCUGCUGAACGGCGGGGAGGCGUUGCCGCGGGCGACGGGGCGGAAGCGGAGCUCACGCAGCUGGGCGCCGCAGCGUUCCGAGCCCACCGAGCUGAACCGCCGCUCCUUCGCCGAGUCGCUGCGCGUCUUCCCCUCCCACGGCCACGCCCACGCGCAGGGCGCCAACCUCAACCUGGAGCGCGCCGGCCACGCCCGCUCCCGCGACCCCUGGCUGCACGUGUCCCACAGCUCCUCCGACAUCCGCCGCAUCUGCCGCCGGGCCGCGCCCGCCGGAGGCUCCGCCCCCUCCCUGCCGCCUGAGCCCUACGCCCCGCCCCCCGGCCACCAGGGCCUGGCGCCCGAGGGCGGGGCCGGCGAGGUGGGGGGCGGGGCCGGGGGCGGGCCGAAGAGGCCGUCGCUGCGGCGCUCCAAGUCGGACCUGAGCGAGCGGCACGCGCGGGCGGAGGCGGAUCUGGAGCGCUUCUUCAACCAGUGCGGCCUGGAGCCCGAGGAGCUGGAGCGGCUGGGCCUGCAGGGCCUGGCCGGGUCCGACAUCGUCUCCCUCAACCUCCACAGCGCCAGCACCGCCGGCUCCGAGCCCGGGGGCCGCGGGUCCCGCCGCAGCGACGAGGAGGACGACGACGAGGAGGACGAGGAGGAGGAGGACCUGAUGGACGAGGAGGACGAGGAAGACCGGGUUCCGUACGGAAUCUCAGCCGUGGAGCGGAACGCCCGGGUCAUCAAGUGGCUCUACAGCAUCCGACAAAACCGCGAAUCGCAGCGAGUCUCUCACGUCUGAGAGAGAGGGAGAGAGGGAGAGAGGGAGAGAGAGGGGGAGAGAGGGGGAGAGAGAGAGAGAGAGA